AUGCCUGCGGACAUCGUCCUCGUAGAGAGCUCGGAGUCAGAAGAUAAGAAGAUUCCCGGUGCCGGACAACGUUCUAAAACGGCACUUGGUAAGCGCAAAACCGAACCCGUGCCGCCACCUAUUGAGACCAUCCCAUGGACGGACUCGGAGGAGGAAGCCGAAAAGGAACGGGCCAAGAAGAAACAAACAAAGGGAAGACGCAGCGCAAAAAAGAACAAAAGCGUCAAGUCAGAACCCGGUAGCAAUAGUACCAAUCACGGACUGCGAAAUGCACGUUCCUUGGCCGAAGCAAUUAGGGAUCUCGGCGAGGAUACGGCGCCGGAGGACAAAGUCCAUGCUGAUAUCCCGGAGUAUUUGAAGAACCGCAAGAGGCAGUUCAACCGGGACCGCGCAACACUUCAAGAAGCCGGGCUUCUUCUUCCGCCAGACUACACCGACAUUGACUUCACCGAUGAUGAAGAUGGCGGCCGGCGACGAGAGGUCCGACCACAAUUUGGCGAUAGGAUCCAGCCUUGUCGGCCGUACGAGGACAUUGAGCUAGAAAGAUCAGCAGGUACCAUACCGGCACCAAUAGCGCAGUAUCUACGUGAUUAUCAGAUCGACGGAGUGGCUUUCAUGCAUGAGGCAUUCGUUUACCAGCGGGGCUGCAUCCUGGGUGAUGACAUGGGACUGGGCAAGACAGUUCAGGUUGCAGCGUUCCUCACAGCGGCAUUCGGGAAAACCGGUGACUUUCGUGACUCGAAGCGGAUGCGCAAGGUCAAAAGGCUGGGUGGCCGGUACUAUAAAGUGCUGAUUGUCUGCCCCAGCUCGGUAAUGGAGAACUGGAGGCAAGAAUUGGCGCGAUGGGGCUGGUGGAAGGUCGAGUCCUAUCAUGGUUCCAGUAAAGACGAUGUGCUUGAUACUGCAAAGUCGGGUCGGCUUGAGGUCAUGCUUACGACCCCGGCCACUUACAGGCUGCAGAAAGAGCGUGUAAACACGGUCAGUUGGGAUGCCGUGGUUGUGGACGAAUGUCAUAACAUCAAGGAGCGACGAUCCGAGAUCACCAAAGCAAUGAUUGAGGUCAACGCACUCUGUCGCAUCGGUCUGACGGGCACGGCCAUUCAGAACAAGUACGAAGAGCUGUGGACCCUCCUAAACUGGACAAACCCUGGGCGGUUUGGAACCUUUGGAGAAUGGAAAACCUCCAUCAGCAGGCCUCUAACUCUGGGUCAAUCUCACAAUGCCACACUCCAGGAACUGAGCAUGGCAAGAAAGACGGCCAGGAAGCUGGUGCAGAAUCUUCUUCCAGACUACUUUCUUCGUCGCAUGAAAUCUCUAAUUGCGCAUCAGUUACCCAAGAAGCGAGACAGGGUGGUUUUCUGUCCGCUUACUGAUCUCCAAACCAAGGCUUACGAAAGAUUUAUUGCAUCUGAAGAAGUUGAGCUUGUCCGACGGUCUCACGAACCUUGCGAUUGCGGAUCAGGGGAGGAAAGGGGGCAUUGCCAUUACGCACACUUGUCAGAUGGGCGGACAUGGAACAUGCUCGUCUUCUCUUGUAUUCUGACCUUGCAGAAUCUUGCCAAUCACCUCACCCUGAUUGUGCCAAAGAUUGGCGAACCCGGAGAUAAGGCUGAGAAAAGUCUGGCCAGGCUCCGUAUCUGCGUGCCUGACAAGUGGGAGCAGCUCUACAAACUUCGAGACUCUCCGCUCAUACAAAUGGACCCGGAAUUCUGCGGUAAAUGGAGAGUGUUGAAAGACCUGCUCAAGUUUUGGGAGACAAACGGCGACAAAGUUCUAGUUUUCUCCCACAGCGUCAAACUGCUGCAGGUGCUCCGCGCGCUUUUUCAGACUACUCACUACAGUUACAGCUACCUGGAUGGAUCACUCGCAAUCGAGGAGAGGCAGCAAGUUGUUGAUGAUUUCAAUUCGGAUCCUCAACAGUUUGUCUUUCUCAUCUCUACGAAGGCGGGCGGUGUAGGGCUGAACAUCACUUCGGCGAACAAGGUCGUCAUCUUUGAUCCGCACUGGAACCCGUCAUGGGAUCUUCAGGCCCAGGAUCGAGCUUAUCGAAUUGGCCAGACUCGAGACGUUGACGUGUUCCGCCUUGUCUCGCAAGGAACUAUCGAAGAGAUUGUUUACGCGCGGCAGAUAUACAAACAGCAACAGGCCAACAUUGGCUAUAAUGCUUCAAGUGAAAGACGAUACUUUACUGGUGUACAACAAGACAACUCUCGCAAGGGGGAAAUAUUUGGACUGGAAAACAUUUUCACGUUCCGUCCUGACCGAGUAGUGCUUCGGGAUAUUGUCAACAAGACGAAUGUCGCAGAGGCCAAGGUUGGAGUAUAUCUGCAAGACAUUGAUAUUGAAUCCGCCAUCAAGGACAAUGAAGAGGCAGGCAUCCCGAUAAAGUUAGAGCCGGGGGCCAGUGGCGACGCAGAGGAACGUGGUGCAAGCCAACUCGCGGACUUCCUCACGUCUAAGCCCCAAGUUAACCCAGGUGGUGAGAACCACGAAAGAUCUCCAGCUCACGACGCCAUACAGGCAAUUCUCUCAUCGGCGGGAGUGGGGUACACUCACGACAAUGCAGAGGUUGUUGGCACCAGCAAAGUUGAGGCUCAAUUGUCUCGCAAGGCCGAGAGAGAUCACGAGAUUGAUGAGAAGGAAGCCCUAAAAGUUUUGUUUGCUGACAGCCAAGAUGUUAAUGCGCAUCCGCUAUACGAACAUAAUCAGGAGGCUUGGGAUGUGGACGAGACGGGAGAAGGUGACGACUGGCAGAGCAAGCAUCCCGAAACAUCGUUCCGGCCUCGACUCCGAUACAACCCUCCACAAGAUGUUAGGCUGCGUCAAUUCUGCUCCAUGGCAAAGGAGUUCGGCUUCAGCAAUGCUAUAGAGUUUGCAUUGGUGGUAGAGAGCUGGACGCAAGAGCAGCGGAGGAACUGUCUCGAUAUGUUCUACAAACAAAGGGAGUCUGAGCUUCUCAAGACAAACCUGGCUGGCGAGGCAAAGAAGCUAGUCAAACACGAGCCCGAAGUCAAGACAGAGUCAACUUCAGCCCGUAUAAAGACAGAAGUACUGGAGGAAAAUGGAAUGGUUGGACUUGAGGAUGUCAAGACCAAAUCCGAAGUUCACAUCGAGAACGAAGCGAGAGGUGCCGACUCAAACGUAAAGAUGGAACCGAUGGACGAUGAGACUGAGAGCGACUCUGAUGAUCUUGACGCGGUCAAGAAGGUGAAGGACGAGGACUCGGGCAAUAUUAAAACCGAACCAGGCUUGGCCACUAUUAAGAGGCAGUCGACUAUAUUCGUGUUUGAUGACGACGAUGAAGAUGACGAAUUGUGAGAUGGAUCCUUGUUUAUAUUUUCUAGUUUUACGAUACCCAUUCGCGUUUGAUUUGGACUUGAUGAAAG